AUGGUUGAAGUUGUCGAGUUUGAGCUGUUAGAUGCUGGUGGGCUGACAAACAAGCCAUUGCGUGCUAGGAAGAGGGCGUGGUUUGUACGUUUCGCCAGCGCGGAAGUGCUUUACGCAAGAUUCGACCAAUUGAGCUCCUUAGUCGUUCUCUCGCGUUUGUUCUCCGCGCAGAUUUGA